AUGACUCAAGAAUCAGUAACAGUUUGUGUAUUUUGUGGUUCAUCAUUUGGUAAUAAUCCAAUAUUUGAAGAAACUGCAAAAAAAUUAGGUAAUGCAAUUGCUGAUAAAAAAUGGGGUUUAGUAUAUGGAGGUGGUUCAACCGGUUUAAUGGGAGUUAUUGCAUCAAGUGCAUCAAGAAACGGUAAUGGAUCUCAUGUUCAUGGUAUUAUUCCAACUGCUUUAAUUUCAAGAGAAAGAACUGAAGAAAUUAAACAAGAAUCAGAUACAACAAAUGAUGAAUCAGAUUCAUUAAAUUCCAAAUUAAAAGAGUCUAUAAAUAAUCAUGAUGGUUCUACACCUAUACCAAAUAGUUUAAAAUAUGGUAAAACUACAUUAGUUAAAGAUAUGCAUACAAGAAAAAAAUUAAUGUCACAAGAAUCUCAAGUAUUUAUUGCAUUACCUGGAGGAUUUGGAACUUUGGAAGAAUUAAUGGAAAUAGUUACAUGGAAACAAUUAUCAAUUCAUAAUAAACAAGUUAUAUUAUUUAAUAUUGAUGGAUUUUUCGAUAAUUUUUUAAAAUUUUUAAAAGAUUGUAUUAAUAAUGAAUUUAUUUCUGCUAAAAAUGGUAAAAUUAUUGAAGUUGCUACUAGUGUUGAAGAAGUUAUUGAAUUGGUUGAAAAUUAUAAACCAACUGAAGGUACUUUUAACUUAAAAUGGGAUACAACUUAA